CCUCUCUCCACGGACCCCACUCAGAAACAGAAACCGCACCUCUCGCCAUCACCGUCCGAUCUUCGUCCUACUCUCUGAUUUCGUUACCACCGUCUGAUUCUUGUAUCGAUGGCUGAUCAGCCCCACCAGCGCAGCCCUGAACCCCGCUCCCACCAGGUGGUCAAGGCCGCCACCGCUGUCACUGCCGGUGGCUCCCUUUUGGUUCUCUCCGGUUUGACCCUAGCCGGUACUGUCAUUGCAUUAACCAUAGCUACGCCACUCUUCGUUAUUUUCAGUCCGGUUCUUGUCCCUGCGGUUAUCGCCGUUGCACUCUUGAUCACGGGGUUCUUGGCUUCCGGUGGUUUUGGUGUAGCUGCAAUCACUGUCUUAUCAUGGAUUUACAGGUAUGUGACGGGAAGGCACCCACCGGGGGCGGACAAGCUGGACCAGGCACGCAUGAAGUUAGCUGGAAAGGCUAGGGAGAUGAAGGAGAAGGCGGAGCAGUACGGUCAGCAAGUGGCUGGGUCACAGGGUUCUUAAAGAUGAGUUGACAUGUGGCGUCAUCUCUGCCACCGUUGUGGAAUUAGGGUUUUAUUCGAUAAUCAAAAGUGGGUGGAGAUCGAUCAAUCCAAGGUCUGUGAUGAAAGAACUGUAUGGUUCAGUUGGGUCAUGAAUUGGUUGUUGAUCAUGUUUUUAAUUUGUUGUUAAGUUUUUUUU